CCCAAUUUAUUUAAAAGAAAGUAUUCCUUAUAUCUUAGGAUCUAUAGGUACCUUGGUAUUUGAUCUAACUAUAUUUUUACAAUGGUAUUAUUGGAAGAAUCGUGAAGACUUUGAAUUAAAUAAAGAAGGUGUUGAUGGUGUUGAAUAUAGUAGACUACCACUGGGUGAUGGUGGGUUUAGAAAUAGUGAUGAUGGAAUUGAUGAAAUUUAA